AAGAAUAUGGGAUUUGCAGAGAAAGCGAUGUAUAAAAUGGUUGAGAGGACAUAACAAUACAAUAACAGGAGUUAUGUACAAUUGCAAAGAUGAGCACCUUGCUUCCAUCAGUGUCAGUGGGGAUCUUAUACUUCACAAUCUUGCUUCUGGUGCAAGGGCUGCUGAACUUAAGGACCCUCAUGAACAGGUAUUGAGGGUGCUUGACUAUUCUCGUUUUAGCAGACACCUUUUGGUGACUGCAGGUGAUGAUGGAACUGUACACUUAUGGGAUACAACUGGACGCAACCCUAAGGUUUCUUGGCUGAAACAACAUUCUGCACCAGCUGCUGGUAUUAGCUUCUCACCAUCUAAUGAUAAGACUCUAGCUAGUGUUGGGCUGGAUAAGAAAUUGUACACUUACGACUCAGGAUCAAGGAGACCAUCUUCUUACAUUGCUUAUGAGGCACCCUUCUCAUCAAUGGCUUUCAGAGAUGAUGGUUUGACACUUGCUGCUGGAACAAGUAAUGGACGUGUGGUUUUCUAUGAUGUCCGUGGGAAACCAGAGCCUUUCAUGGUUCUUCGUGCUUAUAGUAAUUCAGAGGCAGUUACAAGUCUAUCAUGGCAGAGGUUAAAACCUGUAAUUGUAAAUGAAAACAACUGCACGGCUGAGGUUGCUCUUUUGGGAGGUGCGAUUGAAGAUUCAAUUCUCAUGCCUGACCCACUUCCAUCUGUGACUACAUCGAGCACUGCUCUGUCAACAACAAUAUCCAGCUCUCGGAAUCCUGGUCGUUCAGGUCCGACUUCUGAAGCUUCACUGACCGAAACUUCCAGUGCAUUCUCAUCGAGUGCACUUCAUGAAUCAACUGCAGAGGAAACACCACUUCGUAGCCAUUUGCGGCCAGGUGGACUCUUAGCCAGAUUACAUGCUCCUCGCUCCAGCUACAACUUCAAGGAUGACAUGGAGGUUUUUUCUCCUCUUGUGGAUGUUCAGCCAAUCACACCUUCACUGUGGGAUGACCAAAAUGGAGCUAAUAAAGACCCUCCAUUUGACAAGAAACCUCUGUCUUCGUUGUUUACUUCGUCAAGCAGGAGGUUCUCUUCUACUGAGGAUGGGGCUAGUGAUCAUCCAAUAUUUCAUUGGAAAUCUUCAGUUUCCAAACAGGAUGAUUCUCGAUCUUCUUCAGGACAAAUGGUUUCUACUCCUGCUCCAGCCCUAAAUUCUAAGAAUGAAAACUCCUCUAUUACUCCUCCGGAAGCGUGGGGUGGUGAGAAAUUAUCUGAUAAGUUUGCUCAACUGAGGCAGCCAAUUAAUUUACCAUCACGUUUUGGGAUGUUGGCUUCUACUAGUCAGACAUCAAGUUCAAUAAUAUCUGGAUUACAAGAUCCGACGUCAUCAGUCAGUCAAAGCAGCAUCCCUUCCUUGACAAAUUUGAAUCUCAACUAUCCAAAUUUACGAACGAAAGAUGUAUCCUCACAGGAUGUUUCAUUGUCAAUUCCAGAACACUUUUCUACUACUACUGCAUCUCUGUCUCUUGGUACCAGAGCCUCCAUUGGACUGAGCAACCCAGAUUCACCUAGGACCACAUCUAUGACCCUGCCUCGUAGAUUUUCUACAUAUGCAGAGAGGUUAAGCACCACUUCAUCCUUCAGUGAUGGACUUUCAGUGGGCUCACCGAAAACAAAGAAAAUGGGUUCUGAGACUAGGGAAGAGGUUUUGAAUAACUUGUCGAAGUUUGAUGCUUUUUCUGUCGUGGAAUCAGGGGUUCUUCCUGCAAUGAACGGAGGAUCCUUGCAACCACAAAAGCCAUUGCAGACAGAUGCCCAACAAGGAAACUCGUUUACACUUCAGCUUUUUCAACGCACAUUGGAAGAAACUCUUGAUUCCUUUCAGAGAUCCAUACAUGAUGAUAUGAGGAACCUUCAUUUAGAAAUUCUGAGACAGUUCCAUAUGCAGGAGAUGGAAAUGUCAAGUGUGAUGAGCUCCAUUUUGGAAAAUCAAGCUGAGCUGAUAAAAGAGGUUAAGUCUCUGAGGAAAGAAAACCAGCAGCUUCGAGAUUUGCUUGGAUCGUAGGAGUUCAAUAGGUCAAAUUCUGUUUAUCCUUUACUUGAGGCACAAUUUGGGAUCUGUCUUUCUUUCAGCGUGCACUUGGUCGUUUUGUUGCUCCCCGCUCAGGUGAAUGGUUUUAUUUGUUUCUAUUUUUUUGAAUGUGUACAGAAUAUGAUUUGCAGUUCAUCAAAGGAAUAGUGUAUUUCUUAGCCUAUUUUUAACAGCAAGUGUAUUCAUUUAACAGAGGUAGUGGAUGCAUACCUGUGAGCUUAGUUGAAGGUUUCUUUUUUAGUAUCCUCGUCCACUGAAAUGUGGAAAUUUACUAAUAUUUGUGAAAUACAUCUGAACAUGGAGCUAUCAUAUCAUGAAGAUAUCAUAUUGACGACCAAGUCGUCGGCUUCUUUUGAUACUAA